AUGAUCAUCAAAAAGUCACGAAAUACAUUAAAAAUAGAAAAUAUCCUAAAAGAAAAUAUAUUAAGAAUAAAAAAUAUAUUUAAAAAAAAAAAAAUAACAUUUAAUAAAAAAGAAAUAGAUAAGAAAAAACUAAAAAAUAUGAUUAAUUUAACUUUUGAAUCUAUAACUGAAAAUCCAAAUUUUGUUGAAGAAGAAGAAAAAAUUUUGAGUUACUGGAAACAUAUUGACGCAUUUAAUUUAUCAAAUAAAUUAUCUCAAAAUAAAAAGCCUUUCAUUUUUUAUGAUGGACCACCCUUUGCUACUGGGUUACCCCAUUAUGGACAUUUAUUAGCUGGGAUAAUAAAAGAUUGUAUUACUAGAUAUAAUUAUCAAUGCAAUUAUUCUGUUGAAAGGAGAUUUGGUUGGGAUUGCCACGGAUUACCAAUAGAAUAUGAAAUAGAAAAAGAAAAUAAUAUAAAUAAAAAAGAAGAUAUUAUGAAAAUGGGUAUAGAUGUAUAUAAUGAGAAAUGUAGAAACAUUGUUUUAAAAUAUUCUAAUGAAUGGGUUUAUACUGUAGAGAGAAUUGGAAGAUGGAUAGAUUUUUCUAAUGAUUACAAAACAAUGGAUAAAACUUUUAUGGAAAGUGUAUGGUGGGUUUUUAGUGAAUUAUAUAAAAGAAAUUACAUUUAUAAAUCCUUUAAAGUAAUGCCAUAUUCUUGUAAAUGCAAUACACCAAUUUCUAACUUUGAAUUAAAUUUAAAUUAUAAAGAUACACCUGAUCCUAGUAUUAUUGUAAGUUUUGUUUUAUUAUCUCCAUUUCCGCAUGUUCAGGAUGAGUACAAUAUAGACGAGAAAAAUGAAAUAUUUAAGAAAUUUUCUAUUUUUUAUGACAUAUUUUUAUCUGCAAAAAAUAAUGUUCAUAAUAAAAAUGAAAAUGAUAAAAGAGAAAAUAGUCAACCAAAUAAUAAUUCGAAGGAUAAUAAUAUUUUUGAAAAUGAAGUAUUGGCAUGGACUACUACACCUUGGACAUUGCCUUCCAAUUUGGCUUUAUGUGCAAAUGAAAAUUUUAUAUAUUUAAGAAUAUGUAAUUUAGAAAAUAAUAGAAUCAUGAUAUUAGCAGAAUGCAGACUUGAAUGGAUAAUUAAAGAACUUAAAUUAAAAGUAGAAAAUAUACGUAUAUUAAAUAGAUUUAAAGGAAGCUACUUAAAAAAUUUAAAAUAUACUCCAUUAUUUAACAAUUUUUAUGAAAAAUACAACUUUAAAGAAAAUGCGUAUAAAAUUUUAGUAGAUGAUUUUGUUACUGAUGAUGCAGGUACAGGUAUUGUUCAUUGUGCCCCAUCAUAUGGUGAAGAUGAUUUUCGUAUUUGUAAAAAUAAUAACAUUAUAAAUCCAGAAAAAUCCAUAUUAAUAGAUCCUUUAGAUUCUAAUGGAUAUUUUACUGGGGAAAUAAAAGAGUUAGAAAAUAUGUAUAUAAAAGAUGCAGAUAAUGUUAUUAAGAAAAAGUUGAAGGAGAAAAAUAGAUUAUUAAGUAACAAUACUAUUGUUCAUUCAUACCCUUUCUGUUGGAGAAGUGAUACUCCAUUAAUUUAUAGAGCUAUACCAGCAUGGUUUGUUAGGGUUAGUAACUCUACAAAAAAUUUAAUUAAAAACAAUGAUACGACAUAUUGGAUUCCAUCUCAUAUUAAGGAAAAAAAAUUUCACAAUUGGAUAAAGGAUGCAAAGGAUUGGUGUAUAAGCAGAAAUAGAUAUUGGGGUACUCCUAUACCAAUUUGGUGUGAUGAAAAAAUGAAUACCGUUGUUUGUAUUGAGAGUAUAAGACAUUUAGAGGAAUUAUCAGGUGUCAAGAAUAUAAAUGAUUUACACAGGCAUCAUAUUGAUAAAAUUGAAAUUGAAAACCCCAAUGGAAAACAUUUACCAAAAUUAAAAAGAAUACCAGAGGUUUUUGAUUGUUGGUUUGAAAGUGGUUCAAUGCCUUUUGCAAAAGUUCAUUAUCCAUUUAGUAUAAAACAAGAAGAUCUUCAUAAAAUUUUUCCUGCUGAUUUUAUAGCUGAAGGAUUAGAUCAAACAAGAGGAUGGUUUUAUACUUUAUUAGUUAUCAGCACUUUGUUAUUUGAUAAAGCACCAUAUAAGAAUUUAAUAUGUAAUGGCCUUGUGUUGGCUUCAGAUGGAAAAAAAAUGAGUAAAAGAUUAAAAAAUUAUCCAGAUCCUAUUUAUAUAAUUAAUAAAUAUGGAGCAGACAGCUUACGAUUAUACUUAAUAAAUUCAGUAGCUGUACGUGCAGAAAAUUUGAAAUUUCAAGAAAAAGGAGUUAAUGAAAUUGUUAAAAGUUUUAUCUUGCCGUAUUAUCACAGCUUUCGAUUUUUUGCUCAAGAAGUUACAAGAUUUGAAAAUACACACCAUACUAAUUUCAUUUUUUGUGAAAGAAACAUUUAUGAAAAUGAUAAUAUUAUGGAUCAAUGGUUAUUUUCUUGUGUGCAAAAUUUAAUCAAAUGUGUUCAUUCAGAAAUGAAAUCUUAUAAAUUGUACAAUGUUCUUCCGAAACUUUUAAAUUUUAUCGAAAACUUAACGAACUGGUAUAUAAGAUUAAAUAGAGAUAGAAUGAGAGGUACAUUAGGCGAAACAAAUUGUAUUCAUUCAUUGAGCAUCGUUUAUAAAACUCUCUAUUUAUUUACUAUUAUUAUGGCACCUUUUACACCUUUUAUUUCCGAAUACAUUUAUCAAUUAUUGAAAAAUAUACAAACAAAAAGUCCGAACUCUUCUACAGUCACAUCUAAUAAUAUAAGUAACAAAUUUGAUGGACAAAAUACAAAGAAUUCAUCGGAAUUCAGUGAUGAUAUAAAAAAGAGUGUUCAUUUUAUUAUGUUACCACUUGUAGAUGAAAAUUAUACAAUUAACUAUGAAAUUAUUGAACUUAUCGAAAAUAUGAAAAACGUUAUUUUGCUGGGUAGAAUUUUGCGAGAGAAGAGAAAAACACCUAAUAAAAGACCAUUAAAAUCUCUAACUGUUUUACAUAAAAAUAUUGAUUUUUUUAAAAACUUUGACAAAAUUUCUAAUUAUAUAAAAGAGGAAUUGAACGUUUUAAAUCUUGAAUUCUCCAAUGAUACAAGCUGUCUCAUUUUUUCUGCUGUACCAAAUUAUAAAAAAUUAGGCAUUAAAUUAGGUCCUAAUUUAAAGAAUAUUCAAAAUAAAAUAAAAAACAUGAGUUCUGAUGAUAUUAAACAUUAUGAAGAAAAUAAAAAAAUUAUUAUUGAUAAUAUUUUAUUAGAAGAUGAUGACAUCAUUAUACAAAUGAAGCAUAAUCUACAAGAUACUAAUACAGAAGCGCUAAGUAAUAAUUUUAUAACUAUCUUAAUUGAUUUUACAGCAGAUGAACAAUUAGAAAAUAUGGCAAAUGCUAGAGAAAUAUGUAAUCAUAUACAGAAAAUGAGAAAAAAUUUGUCAUUAAGUCAAUAUACUCCUAUACAGAUGUAUAUUUAUAUUCAUGAUGAAAUAUUAAAGCAAAAAAUGAUAAAUGAAUUAAGUUAUAUUAAAAAAUGCUUAAGAAGAGAUUUAAAUAUAAUGAAUUCCCAUGAAGACAUUAAAACUUUACAAAAUUCUUUUCAUGAAGAAACAAUAAAAGUUAAUGGAAAAAAUAUAACUGUUAUUUUUACAAAAGAUUAG